ACAUCACGGCCUGUCACCACCUCGACCUCGCAUUUCCUCCCACUUCCAACAUCUCUUCUUUCCGUUCCUCAUCGUUACCCCAAGUUCCAGCACUUUAUCCGCUCUCUGAUAGCACUUCCAGGCUUCAGAUUCACCAUCACACGCCUGUGAGAGCUUCAAGCGGAUGCGCUGAUCCGUCUCUCCCGCCCUCUGAAAGUCAGCGAGGAGCAGCUCACGAUGGCUACCGCCUCUGGCGCUCAGGUCUCGCCACAGGCCAUAAUAGGCCAUGUCCAGAAGCUGAGCGAUGCGGAUCCCGACUUCCGCUUCAUGUCCCUCAACGACCUGCUGCAGCUGCUCACUACUGCGCGAGAUGACUUCCUCCAGCACGACUACAACAUUGCUGCGAGGACUGUUGAUGGCAUCAUCAAGACGCUGGACGAUCAGAAUGGAGAGGUGCAGAACCUAGCCAUCAAGUGCCUCGGGCCGCUUGUUGGCAAAAUCCCGACCCCCAUCAUCGCCCCCAUGAUCGAUAAGCUGUCGUCCCUGAAGCUUAAGAACUCUGUGGACACAGCAGUGCCUGCUUUGGCGCUGCGAGCUGUCAUCACCGCGCUUCCUCGACCGAUCCCCGGCAUCCCAAGCUCUGUUGGUGUUCAAGAGGCAUACAACGCUGUCAGCCGCGUGCUUAUUCCACGGCUUAUCGGGCCCGGUCCUCUCACGCGCGUCCCAUCAGCACCUCGAAUCAGCCUCCCUCCUGUUCCGGCAGGGCUGCUUCAGGACGACAAUGGCGUCAAUGCGGAAGCCGUCGAUGUUCUCGUCGAAGUCGUUAGAUGCUUCGGACCGUUGCUACAACAGGUUGAAGUCGAGGCAAUGCAAGAAGUCGUUCUGCAGUUGUUGCAGGGAGACAAGGCUUCAUCUGUGGUCAAGAAGAGGGCUGUGGUGGCUAUUUCUAUGCUCGCUGUCUACCUCACGGAUGCGCACCUGGAGGACGUCAUCAAUCGGAUAACAGCCGGUCUGGCCGAGCCCAACAUCCCACCUGUUACGCGUCGUCUCUACAUUUCUAUAUUGGGCAGCAUGGCUCGGUCAAUCCCUCCCAGAUUCGGCGUACACCUUCCGAAGACGAUGCCCUUCAUUCUCGAUGCUCUGUCCGAGAAAGAGCUAGAAGAACACUUGGAAAAGAUUAGCGAUGGGGACGAUUUGGGACCAGAGUUCAACGAGAUCCGCGAGACUGCUCUAGUUGCGCUCGAGGCAUUCUUGGCCUCAUGCCCGCAGGAGAUGCGUCCUUUUACGGACGCCACACUCGCCUCUUGCUUGCGAUUCCUAAAGUAUGAUCCCAAUUACGCGGUGGACGACGACGAGGAGAUGGAUGUAGACGAUGAGGAAGAGGAAGACCAAGAUGAUGAGUUUGAAGAUGACGACGGCUUCGAGGACGACGAUGAUGACGCAAGCUGGAAAGUUCGUCGCUGUGCCGCAAAGGCGAUAUACACCCUCAUCUCCACCCGUGGCAGCGGCGACCUGUUGGACAACGGUGUUCUGUAUAACCAGGCAGCUCCCACUCUUGUCAAGCGUAUCGAGGAGAGAGAGGAGAACGUUCGCCUGGAGGUCAUCUCUGCUCUGUCGUUACUCAUCCGCAAGACUGGCGAAGGCUUCCACACGGUAGAUCUGUCUCGCGACGAGUAUGAGCCCGAGUUGGUCUCCCAGAUGCCUCUGAGCCGUAAGAGGAGAAGGCAGAGCAGCGUCGGGGGAUCGAGCGCUGCCAAGUUCAUGGCGGGCUCCGGCGUCACAUCUCUCCCUGCCGAGAAGAUCCCCUCCCAGGGCCCACGGGCGGACCUCUCCCGCCUUACUCCCGCGAUUGUCAAGGCCGCGACCAAGCAGCUGAAAGGCAAGACUCACGGUAGUCUUGUCGAGUUUUUCCCUGAAAUCAUAGGGCCUAUCAUUGAUGCUGUCAAGACCUCGAGCACCAGCGCAAUCUCAUCCUCUCUUGCGGCUGCAGGAGGCUCUGCAUCCGCUACCCCAAGCACCCUCCGCGUUGCCUCGUUGAAGCUAAUAAGCGAUAUCGCCAAGACACAUUCGUCCUCGGUACUGCAGCCAUAUCUGAGCAAGGUUGUGGCAGGCGUGGCAUCGGCCGUCCACGACCGGUUCUACAAGAUUUCAAGCGAGGCUAUUCGCACAGCAGAGGAGCUUGUCAAGACCAUUACUCCUCCACGGUCGCGCAAUGGUGGUGCAAAGUUCAAGGACGACCUGGACAAGCUCUAUGAAGUCAUCAUCGACCGCGGCUCUGCCAACGACGUCGACGCAGAGGUUCGGCAGCGUGCUAUUCACGCUCUCGGGGUCCUCAUUUCUAGGACCUCCAGCGCGGAAGCAUCUGGUCUUUUGUCGGCUGAGAAGCGCACUGCCGCUUUGAACAUUAUCCAGGAGAGACUGAAGAACGAGACGACUCGCCUUGCCGCGGUGCGUGCCGUGGAUAACGUUGCGGCGUUCGCUGUUUCUCCCGAUCAGCUAGACAAACAAUGGGUUCAAGACGUUGCCCUGGAGCUCGCGGCUCAACUGCGCAAAGCCAAUCGGUCUCUGCGAGGCUCCAGCAUCCAGGCUCUCAAGCACCUUGUGCUCUCAAAAGCCACGCAGGGCAAACUUGAACCGGCUACGAUUCAGGGUCUUGUAACAGCGGUACUGCCGGCCAUCAAGAACAGCGACACUCAUCUCCUUGGCCCGACCUUGAUAAUCCUGGGCAGCAUGGUGCAAGAUCAUGCAAGCUUGAUUGUCAAUGAAGAGAUGAUUGGCGCGCUCUGCCAGCUGCUGAAGUCUCACUUCGCAAACAUCGUCCUUGACCAGCUGCUCGACUUGAUCAGCCGCGUCGGCGAGAGUGGUGCCGGUGAGCCUCUUAUGCAGGGCCUCCUCAAGGACGUGAGCGUUCAGGGCGACCCAAUUGUCGUGGGUAAGGUGAUAGGAACCCUCCUCGUGACCGGCGGUACAUCUGCGGGCGUCUCUCUCGACAGUUUUGUCACGGAGCUUCAUGGCAGCACAAAGCGGGGGGACGAGGCCGGUAUAAGCCUUGCCCUGGCGGUGCUGGGAGAGUCUGGCAUGAGACUGGGGGCCAAGUCGCCUCUCAAGCCUCAGCUGUUCCUGGAGCAGUUUCACUCGGAGCCAGAUAAGGUGUCGCUAGCUGCUGCCAUUGCACUCGGCAGAGCCGGGUCCGGCAACGUGCCCGAGUAUCUGCCCGUGAUCCUCAAGACCAUGGAGAGCGGAGGCAACACGCAGUACUUGUUGAUUCAAUCAAUCAAGGAGAUACUACAGUCGAUCCCGGCUCAAUCUACCGAUCUCCAGACUUAUGCCACGGCAGUCUGGGAUCAGCUUAUUGGAGCAUCGCUGAAUGCUGAUAAUAAGAUCAUUUGCGCCGAGUGUGUCGGCCGCCUUGCGACUCUGGACCCGGCGACCUUUAUGCCCAAACUACAGACGCUCUUGAAGGACCAGUCAGCAGGCAUCCGUGCCAUGGCAGUGCAGGCUGUCAGGUACACACUUCCCGAGAGCGAUGAGACGUUUGAUGCAAUGCUACGAAACGUGCUCGUCGAGAUGCUCCUGGUCAUGCUGCAGGAUUCCGAUAUGGAGAUCCGACGACUGGCGAUGACGACGCUAAAUUCGGCAGCCCACAACAAGCCGGACCUGAUCCUGCCCCAUCUGGGCGAACUGUUACCUUUUGUCCUCAGCGAAUCAGUGAUCAAGAAGGAGCUCAUUCGAGAGGUCCAGCUGGGGCCUUUCAAGCACAAGGUCGAUGACGGCUUGGAAGUUCGCAAGGCAAGUAGAUGCGCGUACGAGACGCUUUACGCGCUGAUGGAGACGGCCUUCACGCGGAUCAACAACAUCGACUUCUACGACCGGGUCAUUGCCGGCCUCAAGGACGAUAAUGAUAUUCGACAGCUGUGCAAUUUGAUGAUCAGCAAGCUGAUUAUCAUCGACCCCGACGAGACGGCCCGACGGCUCGACUCGAUUGCCGAGGCGUACCGCGGUGUGCUGUCCAUCAAGCUCAAGGAGAAUGCCGUCAAGCAGGAUGUGGAGAAGCAAGAGGAAACCAACAAGAGCAUCCUGAGGGUGACGCUCCUCCUCGGCGACAAGAUGAAGGCGAUGACUGGAAACGCCGGGGCAGCGACCAGCAACACGGCGGCAACGGGGGCUUGGACCGCCUACUGGGAAUGGGCGAACAAGGAGUUUGAUCGGCAGCUAAAGAGUCUGCGGGAGGAGAGUAGCCAGCUCCACACGAGGACUCUGUGAGCAGAGUGGGUGCAGACAGGGUGAGCAAGCCAAUGGGAGGACUCGUCGAAAAGAGUGAUGCGGUGUAACCAUGGCCGUCCUGCCUGCCUUACCGACACAGCCUGGCGACCCGUCUGAAUAUGCACGUUGGCGAAGGGGCCCAAGGCUUUACGGAGUAGUAUGGCGACCAGCAGCGGUUACGCAUGCUCAUAUGGAGCAGCAUUACGGUAGCAUUGGAAGGGGGCAAAAAAGACUCAUUCGUGCAGAGAUAUCCAGGGUCUAGUCGGUAGCCGCGGCCGGAUAUGGGUCGGCACAUGUACCUAGCAUACAAGUUUGCAGCAUGACCAUGUAACUACUUCAUACGGAGCCUUUGCUAUUGGGUAUCCCGGCUGGUGGUGAGGUCCCGCUUGCUGCCAGGGCGAGGGCGAGGGCGAAGCCGUCGGACGACGAGAGAUGCUGACGAGGUGACGGAGUUGUCCCUCCUGCCUGUGACCGGGGCAGUGGUAGGACCCGACAGGAUCCAUACUGAUACUAAUAGCAUUC